GGUGAUAUCGCGGUGAUGUCGCGGUGGAGGCAGCAGCGCCGGGCGCUGAGCGUUUCCCAGCGCUGAGGAAACGCCGUCCGUCCGUCCGUCCGUCCGUGCCCGCAGCUGAGGUGAGCGCACCCGGCUCCAACUGCCCCCCGCAGCUCCGCACGGAGGGUCGCGGGGGCGCAUCCGUGGCCCCGGAGGAGGGACCCGAGAGCGGCCGGGACGGCGGUCCCGGGAAUCACCGGAGCAGCGCUCAGAGUCGGGGAGAGAGCGCACGCGAUCGGGCUGGGGUCUGCGGGAUUCGGUGGGGGAUGUUUAUUGAGAGGACUCCGAGAUGGGAUAAGUGGGGUGGGUUUGGUGGUCUGAGUCGAACGAGAGCGGCAAAAGAGGCUCCGCUCCGCUCCACUUACAGCCCUGCCCGGGGCUCCCGGCCCGAUCCGCAGCCGUCGGCCGGCACGGGGAGCUGCGAGAGCCGCCCCGGAGGAGGUGUCCGGAGCCACCCCGUGCCCUCCUGCCCCCCCCCCGCGUGGCGUGGAUUGGCCGGGAGCGGCCGGGGGGGCGGCGGCGGUGACGUUCCGCGGGGAAAACUUUGUGGCUCGGCGGAAAAAACGAAACUUCGCCGGGGGCGGCGGUGGCGGAGCGGUGGCGCUGCGGGUCUCGGUGCCGUCGAUCAUGGAGCGCCCCACGUGUCUGCACGUCCCUGGGGAAGGGCCCAGCUGUGCUCAGUGUGGGGCUCAGCCCACUGCUGGUGCAGGGGACCAGGCUGCAGAAAGAGGAGAGGUGAAUCUUGUUCCUGACCCUGAUGCGGGCCCAGAGCCUGAAGGAGAGCCAAGGGAGGAAAGUGCUGGUGGGCCUCCUUCCACCACCGAAACAGAGGAGGAGGAGGAGGAGGAGGAAGGAGGAACACUGCAGGAGGGCAUAACAGCUCUGAGCAGUGCCUCAGAGACUGCACCUGAAUGCACUGCAGCUGAGUUGUCUUCUGCUACUGAAAGGAAGGAGGAGGAGGAGGAGAAGGAAGGAGGAGCAUCGCUGCUGGAGGACGUAGCAGCUUUAUGUGACGUCUCAGAGACUGAUCCUCAGCACGUGGCAGGUGGUUCUUCCCAAAAAUCAAAGAGAAAGAAUAGAAAGACGAAUAGAGGAAAGAAAAGUCGUUCUGGCCAUGGGGAGCAGGACUCUCUGCCUCCUGGGAGCACAGCACCAGCUCAAGCUGCAGACUUGUCUGAUGAAUGCGUUGUUUCCCAGGAAAUCCAGACCUUGAGCGGUGAAGUGGCCAAGCAGAGUGCUGACUUAAUUGCCAGUGACAGUGGAGGUGCCCAGGAAAAUGGCAGUGCUGUGGGCCGCUUGGGAAGGGAAGCUGAAGGUCUGGAAGUGGUCUCAGGAGGCGGUCACUGCAGUGCGGCUGUGAUGAACCCAUUGGAGAGCAGCACGGGUAGUGGGGCUGCCACAGCUCCCGGCUCUGCAGCCCUGAAGGAGAUGGGGGGAGGUGGGAGCACCGCACAGCGCGGAGCCAGGAGUGGUGUGGAAGAGAGGAGCGCUGCGUCUGAUGCUGGCCAGGCUCUGGAAACCAAGCGAGAUUCCCAGUCUUUGGGUGGCAAAAAGAAACCAGCUUCAGUGGGAGAGAGAACAGAUGUUUCCUCUGGGAUUUCCCCGGAUAUUGAGGUGCCUAAAAGUAAAGCUGCAACUUCUAAAGCUGAACGUCCAAGUCAAGACACAAAGACUUCUCUUGUGGCCCAAAGCUCAAAGGCUGGGAAGGGUAAACAAGAGAGCAGCCAGAAAGUGAGCAGUUCACCUUCCAGUGAGAAAGGCACAAUGGAGAAGAAGACCCCAAAUGAGAGAGCUCAGGAAACAUCUGAGAAGACAAAGAAGACAAAGGCGACAAAUCAGACCGAUGGGCCUCUGGUUAGAAAGAACAAUGCUCCCUCUGUAACAGACAAGGGCAAGGAGAAGCAUCAGCAGAAUAACCAGAAACCUGUGGAUAAGGAGAAACGAAGUGAGGGUGUUACAGUGUAUUUCCAUGCAAUACUGUCCAAAGACUUCAAGCUAAACCCUGAAACCGAUAAAGUGUUUGUCGUAUCUGGAGGCUUUUAUGGCAGUGCACAGUGGGAGAAAGUCUGUGAGAUGAGCUGUGUCAAGCGUCUCGACGUGCAUGGAUACCUCAUUGAAGGCUAUGCAAUUCUUCCAAUAGAAAAUGUGGAUAAAUUCAUUCCUUACAAAUACUGGAUUUCUUCUGGUGAAGGAGAAUAUGAAUUUAUUUACAAGAAGCAAGCAGUAGAUAUUGUGAAUCGAUGCUUAUAUGUGAGCAGCAACCUGAUCAACAACAGAGAGUGGCACCAGUAUGAUGACAUUGUGUGUAAAAAGCCUUCUAUGGUGAAAAGCUUGUGGUCUUUUCUUCAAGACAAAACCAAAGAUGUUGUGGAAGGGAAGAAAAUAGCUGCAGAAAUCAUGCUAGAAAAUAUCUUCAGCAUUCUUGGAACCUGGAACCCCAUCAACAUGAGGAACUUCCUAUUCCAGCUGAGGCAAUUUCAUGUUGUUGCAGCACACCCAAGUGUAUAUGAUGGUGCAUAUAUGCCAUGGAUUGAGCUGGGCUUUGGAACGCAGCAGGUGAAUGAUUUGCUGCUGCAAUAUAUGAGGAAAAUAGCCAGCUCCUUCCUCCUUCCAGAGGGUGCAGAAGCAUCACAGAAGGGUGUGGUGAUGAAAAGUAAACUAGCUCUGGGGCUCACCCUGCUCACCAUAGUUGAUGCCUUCCAACUGCCAGCAUCCAAAGAGGACCUGGCUGGCCUGUGUGAGCUCUUGUGCUUGGAGAAGUCACAAAAAGCCGUGGUGGAUGAAUUCCAUCAGACCAUGGAGGUCUUUGCAAGUUCUGUAAGUAUUUUCAGUUUCCGCAUUCAACUGAUAAACUUGUGUCAGAGAUGCAUUGAUGGCAAAGUAGGCCAGUGGGUGUGGAUUCUUCCUCUCCUGCAUUUGUGUACCGCCCCUAUGCAAUGUGACCGCUGCCCAAUGGAAGAAGAAAUCUGGGCUGGGCUGGAAGGACUUCCGUUUGCUGAAGCAAGGAAGAAUCACAAUGCGCGUGCCCUACUGCAGCUCAUGAAAGAGAAGAAAUACUUGAUGGAAUUGGAUACGACUCUGGUCAAAUCGUGGAUGUGUGUGCUGCCCACAGAGAGCCUUGCUGAAUUUAUUGAAGACGUCUGUGGGGAUCUACUAAUUUCCCUUCAGGGUGUUUCUUACAGGCUGCAGAAUGCUGCCCCUUCGUGCAAGAAGCCUGAGGUAGUAGGGAGGCUUGUGAAGACGCUGCUGUGCCUCUUGGAUGGUGAACGUGCCAGAGCUCUGCAGGCUCGCUCAUGGUUGUCCUGCCUGUUCCUCUGCUUCAAGCUGCACGCGAGUGUCUGCACGUGCACAAAGAGGGUGCUGGAGUUCAAGGUUCCUGCCACUUCUGCUAUGUUGAUUGCAAAGCUUGCCAGACUUCAGCCCACAGAACAGGUUCUGGGCGAUGAAACAGCACUGGAAAAUGAAGUGGUGGAAAUACUCAGUGAAGCUCUAAGAUGCACUCGAAGCUGGUUCAAAAGUGCUCUGAGCCAGAAGUUACUGAAAGAAAGCCACCACCACGUGAUGUUCACUUUUAAUGCUGAACUUGAGGCCUGGAAUGAGUUUGUGAAGAUCAGCUUUCCAGAUGAGCAGUUCAAUGCGAGGUGGAAGAGCACUCUGCUGGCGGAUUUGGAGAGGAGAAUUCAGGAGGAGGAUCCAGUUAACCAAAUCUUAGCUUACUGCUGUCAGCAGCACCGACUUCGAGAUCUCGACCGUUCCAUUGGCUGCUGCUUUGAAACCUGUGCCAUAGAGGCCGUCACUGCAGCUUGUCAGACCCAGAGCAGCCUCCUUGAUAUGAUAUCUUCCUACAACAUGGACCAGUUCAGCCGGCUCAUAUCAACUAUCAUUGUGAAGUCGUGGCCAAGAAAGGUUGAGCGUUCUCAGGAUGAUUUUGAUGAGAUUUUGCACCACUUGCUUACAUGGCCUGACGUCAAACAUAUCUUCACCUUUAACGGAACAAACACAAAGCUCCAAGAACAGCUUACAAAUGAAGCAAGAAUUGUAAUGGCCAAAGCAGACUCCGUGUUCAUGAGUGUCACCAAUGAGCUCCAGGAAGGGAGCAUCCUCAUCAAACAUCUGGAGGAGAUUUUUCAGCAUGAGAAUCAGUUUGUCUUUAUCUGGGAGCUAAAGCACAAGCAGCUGUUAGAUGGGCAAAAAGAACUCCUGAGACAACUGAAAGAGGUGCUGCAGAGGAGACGAGAAGAACUAACGCACAUCAUGGCAGAGAAGAAAGCAAUAGGAACCUUUCUGAACAUGUGCAGGAAGGUGCAGGCAUCUGUGACAGUGUAUGUUGGCGAAGUGGAUCGUCAACACUCGGAAGAUCUCCGCUCAGAAAAACUGAAUCGAGUUGUGAGUGUGGGAAGGAGACCCAUACAGACCUACUACAAGCUGAGCCAAGAGCUGAAGGAGUGUGCCCAGAAAAUGCAUGCUUUUAAAGACAGCCUGAUCUUCCAGCAGUUCUGGGAGGAAGCUGCCAUGAAAGCAAGAGAGAAGUAUGGCAGUUCAGACGAGGAGGAGGUUGUUCCUGGAGUGGACCUUAAUGAUGUUUUCGAGGGCCUAAUCGCCCCUUGUUUUAUGAAUUACGAGAGGUUGUAUGAUGAUCUCAGGUCUGGAAGCCUCACUCUGUCUGCAGUUGAUAGGAUUUUCCAGGAUUUCACCAAUCAUCCCGAAGAUAUCAAAGCAGAGCUGAACAUCAUCUGUGAGCUUCGGCCCGCGGAGGGCAGGCGUUGGGUUGAUCGGCGCUUCCAGCAGAUCCAGCAGUAUCAUGAAAUGCAUUUAACUUUUGAUGCUGUGAAGAUUAUUGCUAACGUCAAGGAGAGUCUGAACCUCUCUGGUGACUUCAGUGUCCUGGAAAAUCUGCUGUACAUGACAGAAAAGCUUGAAUCACACAAGACACAAAAACUGGACUUCAUCAGCUCUGAGCUCAUACAUGCCAAGGAGCUUCUGCAGGGGAUCACUGUGAACCGCCAGGGAUGUCUGAGGGAGCUGGCCCAGCAGAAGGAGUUUGUCUGCUGGGUCAGAGAAGCACUGAAAGAUAUAAAUGAGCUGAAGGUCUUUGUGGACUUGGCCUCCAUUUCUGCUGGGGAGAAUGACAUGGAUGUGGACCGCGUGGCGUGUUUCCAUGACACUGUGCAUGGCUACUCCUCCCUGCUCUACGAGCUGAGCCAGGAGUCAGGGUUUCACGACUUCAUGCUCUGCUUGAGGAAGCUGUGGCGAGCGCUGGACACGGAUGAGAAUCUUCCCAAAAAACUGCGUGCUUCAGCUCAGCACUUGGAGUGGUUGAAAACAGUGAAGGAGAGCCAUGGGUCGGUGGAGCUGUCGUCACUGUCCCUGGCAGCCACCAUCAACAGCAGAGGGGUGUACAUUCUCAAAGCACCGGCUGAUGGCCGGAAGGUUUCUUUGGACAAUGUCCUGCACCUCACCCUGCUGGAGAGCUCUGAGAAUCACAGGCCAUCAUGGAAAUACUCUCUGGCAGAGCUUCGUGAGCUGCAGAACAAACUGAUGCUCAUGUCAGCAAAGGGAGAGCAAGGCCUGGAGGUGGAGAAGUUCUCUGAGACCUUUUCCAACGUCCAAAGACUUGCACAGGCCUUUAUUGACCUUUACUCAGCUGGCAACAUGCUCUUCCGCUCCUGGCUUGCCCAUGUACACUGCUCACCAAAAAGCGAGUUGUGCGUUCUUAUAGACUUCACUCUGAGACUGAUCCCAGAGCUGGAAGGGCAAGGAGAGCUGGCAGAUGUGCUCCCUCGCCUCUGCAAGACGAUGGAGAGCUUUCUGGAGAGCUGGCAAAGCUUCAUGUCCAAGAAGCGAUUCCAGCAUUUCUACUUGAACUUCUACACUGCUGAGCAGCUGGUUUAUUUGUGCACAGAGCUGGGACAGGGGCAGCCCAGCCAGAAAGCCCUGAUGAUGCUUUCGUUCCUAAAAAGUAACUGCACUGCAGAGGACGUCCUCAGAGCGUCUGAAGGCCACGAGCCCCCCAGCUCAACAAAGGCUGUUUCUGACUUGCUUGCGCUGCUGGAUGAGGAGAGGGAUCUGACUACCUGCUUGGAGUACAUCUGGGAGUGCUACAUGAGCAACAUGGGUGCCUUCCUUCCCAACUGCCUGGAUGUGGACACGCUCGGUGCGUGGCUGAAGAGCCUGGCCGGUGGGGAGAGGGAGUGUGUCACCAGGGGCUUCCCGCAGGACCUUCUGCACGUCGGUCAGCCCAACCUCAUCACGUGCCCUCGCUCGGAGGUGCUCACUUCUGCUCUGGCUGUUUACAUGAACAGCCCCAACCAACCCCUCCCCACUUUCGAUGAAGUUCUCCUGUGCACUCCUCAGACCACCGCUGAGCAAGUGGGGCUCUUCCUCCGGAGAUGCCUCAUUCCUGGCAGUGAAGGAGAGAAAAUUUACACCAUGCUGUUUGCAGACGAGCUGAGCUACGAUGUCAGCUGCAGGGCAGAGGAGCUGUUCCAGCAUCUGCAGGGCUACAACAGCACCUAUCGCCUCAUCAUCCUGUGCAACUGCGAGAGGGAGCACUGCUACAUCCCUUCUGUCUUCAGCCAGUACAAAGUGCACAUGAUACCCCAGAGGCCCCUAACUGAAAUCCAGCAAUACCUUCAGCACCACUACAGAGUUGCUCAGCCUUCGAACUCAGCCGCCGGCGUGUUCAAGGGCAGCACAUGUGUUGGGAUCGUGUCCUCCAAAAGAGCUGGUGUAGGGAAAUCCCUCUAUGUGAAGAGACUGCACGAGAGACUGGAAGCACAGCAGCCUGACUGUACAGAGCUUCUGAAAACCAUCAGGCUAAUAGAGCCAGCAGUGGAUGAAGAUAAAGUGCUACAAUCUCUUUUGCCUUUUCUAGAGAGCCAACAGCCAACAAAGCCCAUGAUAUUCCAUUUUGACAUCACCUCUUCAGUACAAAGCGGAGUUCCAGAGUUUCUAUUCAAGCUGUUGGUUUUGCAGUAUCUGACAGAUGCUAAUGGAAAUAUGUGGCUGCGACAGAAGUGCCAUUUGUAUGUCAUUGAGAUCCUCGAGGUGUCACCACUGCCACAGCAAACGGUAUCGGUGAGCCAGAAGUAUAAUUUCCUUGAUGUGUUCCCUAAAGUAAUGUGCAAGUCUCCCAAGGAGGUACUAGAAAUGGAGACACUUAAGAGGCAGCCCAGGGAUGCUUCGGACCCAGGAAUGGAUGAGGAGGAAUUUCACAGUGAGGCUUUCCAGAGACCUUUCCAAUAUCUGAGAAGAUUUGACAAUGGGCACAAUCUGGACACGUUCUGGUAUAAAGCACGCUCUGUGGAAGGGAGCCCAGCAGAAUUCCUGCAGGUUUUCCUCCUGCACUGCGGGAUCGUGGAUCCCUCCUGGUCAGAACUCCGAAACUUUACAUCGUUUCUCAAUGUUCAGUUGAGAGAUUGCGAAGCUUCUGUCUUCUGCAACCCUGAAUUUGUCCAGGACACUCUGCAAGGCUUCAAAAACUUUGUUGUUACCUUCAUGAUUUUAAUGGCAAGGGAUUUCGCGACGCCCUCCCUGCACAUUUCUGAUCAGAGCUCAGGAAGGCAGUCCUUCAACCUGGAGGACGUUUCUGAAGAAGAUCUUCUUCCUUUCCGCAUUCGGAAGAAGUGGGAGUCUGAGCACCACCCCUAUUUGUUUUUCAAUGGAGAUCGUGUGUCCAUGACGUUCAUUGGUUUCCACUUUCAGCCCAAUGGGGCUCAUGGUGUUGAUGCCAUCAAUCCUUUGAACGGCAGAGUUAUCAAGAGGAACAUCAUGUCCUCACAGCUGUACCAUGGCUUGUUACUCCAGAGAGUUCCCUUUGAUGUUUCUUUCGAUAGCUUGUCCCGUCUUGAGAAACUCGACAGGCUUUGCAUGGUGUUGGGAAUCCCAUAUGUAACAGACCCCGAUGAGACGUAUGAGCUCACAACAGACAACGUGCUGAAGAUGUUGGCUAUUGAGAUGCGGUUCAGGUGCAACAUCCCAGUUGUCAUCAUGGGAGAAACAGGCUGUGGGAAAACCAGGCUGGUAAAUUUUCUGUGCAAGUUACGCAGGAGCUUUGUGGAGGUAGAGAACAUGAAGCUUGUGAAAGUCCAUGGAGGUACGACUGCAGAAAUGAUUUAUGCCAGGAUCAAGGAAGCGGAAGCCCUUGCUAUAGCCAAUAAGAAGCAGCACGGGUUGGACACAGUCCUGUUUUUUGAUGAAGCCAACACAACAGAGGCUGUGAGCAGCAUCAAGGAAGUUCUGUGUGACCACACGGUGGAGGGGAAGCCUUUGGUCCCUUGCUCUGGCUUGCAGAUCAUAGCAGCCUGCAACCCUUACCGGAAGCACACGCCGAAGAUGAUUCAGCGAUUGGAAUUAGCUGGGUUGGGCUACCGAGUCAAAGCAGAUGAGACAAAGGAGAAGCUUGGAUCUAUUCCAUUGAGACAGCUUGUGUACCGGGUCCAUGCACUCCCACCCAGCAUGAUCCCGUUAGUGUGGGACUUUGGGCAGCUGAACAACUUAACUGAGAAAAUGUACAUACAGCAGAUUGUUCAGAGAGUUACUGAGCACAUCCGAGUGGACCAAGCUGAAGUGAAGGUAAUUGCAGAAGUGCUGAUUGUUUCCCAGCAGUACAUGAGGCAGAGGGAUGACGAAUGUAGCUUCGUCAGCCUGCGGGAUGUGGAGCGCUGCAUGGAAGUUUUCAAGUGGUUUUACAAGCGCAGUGAUCUGCUGUUGGGAGAGCUGGAGAAGUACCUUGAAAAGAGAGCUCUGAAGAGCCCUGAGAGAAACAACGUUAUCUGGUCCUUGGUGCUAGCAGUUGGGGUCUGCUAUCACGCAUCCUUGGAAAAGAAGGAGGCAUAUAGGAAUGCUAUCAGCAAGGUCCUCCCAAAGCCUUAUGAUACUCAGAAAAAGAUCUUGGAAGAAAUCAGCGUGAUGCAGGAUUUAUUCCUGAGUGGUGUGCACCUCCGAGACACCAUAGCAAGGAACUUGGCCUUAAAGGAGAAUGUCUUUAUGAUGGUCAUCUGCAUUGAGCUGAAAAUCCCUCUUUUUCUUGUUGGGAAGCCUGGCAGCUCCAAAUCCCUUGCAAAAACCAUAGUGGCAGAUGCGAUGCAGGGCCAAGCUGCUCACUCGGAUCUGUUCAAGGACCUGAAGCAAAUCCAUCUGGUGUCUUUCCAGUGCAGCCCUCUCUCUACUCCCGAGGGUAUCAUAGGCACUUUCAAGCACUGUGCUCGGUUCCAGGAUGGGAAGAACCUGGAGGAGUAUGUCUCUGUGGUGGUUUUGGAUGAGAUUGGGCUGGCAGAAGACUCUCCCAAAAUGCCUCUGAAGACUCUACACCCACUUCUGGAAGAUGGCUGCAUAGAUGAUGACCCUCUUCCUCACAAGAAGGUUGGCUUCAUUGGGAUUUCCAACUGGGCUUUGGACCCUGCUAAAAUGAAUCGAGGCAUCUUUGUCUCCCGUGGUGACCCCAGCAAAGAGGAGCUCAUAGAAAGUGCGAAGGGAAUUUGUUGCUCAGCACGGGGGGCUUUGCACAAGGUCGAACAGUACUUCCAUCACUUUGCCAAUGCAUAUGAAAUCAUCUGCAAGGCCCAGGACAGGGAGUUCUUUGGUCUGCGUGACUACUACAGUCUCAUAAAGAUGUUUUUUGCCUUGGUUAAGAGCUCUAAGAGUGAGCCCACGCCUCGAGACAUAGCUGAAGUUGUCCUCCGUAACUUCAGUGGUAAAGAUGAUAUCAAUGCCUUGGAAAUAUUCACCUCACAGUUACCAGAAAAAGGAGAGGUGAAUGCUCACGAUAUCAGUCGAAUUGAGCUGAUACGACAAAACAUUUACAGCAGCAGUGAGGAUGGUGAUUGCAGGUACCUGCUUGUGUUGACUGAGAACUACGCAGCGCUGCAGAUCCUCCAGCAAGCUUUCUUCACUGCCCGGCAGCAGCCCGAAAUUAUCUUUGGCUCCAGUUUUCCUAAGGACCAGGAGUACACCCAGAUAUGCAGAAACAUCAACCGUGUGAAAGUCUGCAUGGAAACCGGCCAAAUGGUCGUGCUCCUCAACUUGCAGAACCUCUAUGAAAGCCUCUACGAUGCCCUCAACCAAUACUAUGUGUACCUUGCUGGCCAGAAGUACGUUGACCUGGGGCUGGGCACCCACCGGGUGAAGUGCCGGGUGCACCCCAAGUUCCGUUUGAUCGUCAUUGAGGAGAAAGACGUGGUGUAUAAGCACUUCCCCAUCCCGCUGAUCAACAGGCUGGAAAAGCACUACCUGGAUAUCAGUACAGUCCUGGACAAGGAGCAGAGGGAAACCGUGAAGGAGCUGAAGAAGUGGGUGCGUGACUUUGUUGCAGUCAACACCAGGGAGCACCUCGUGAACCAGCAGAAUUACAGCCCUUCGGAUGUGUUUGUGGGCUACCACUCCGAUACCUGUGCCUCGGUGGUCCUGCAGACCACGGAGAGGCUGAAGGCAGCGUGUCCUCCCAGCCAGCUCAUGGCACGUGUCAAGGCUGAAGCGCAGCUGGCGCUGCUCAACUGUGCUACCCCUGACUCCGUGAUCCGUCUCUGCAACUCGGGGGGGUUGUUUAGAACUGAUUCCCUGGCCAACGUGUACUUCAAGCAGCAGCAGCACUCGUCUUUUGCAGACUUCCUCCGAGCUCACAUCCGCUCUGGGUCGGAGUGCCAGACGGUCUUUACAGAGAUCACCACCUUCUCGAGGCUCCUCACCAGCGCUGACUCUGCGUGUCUGGAGAGAGAAGUGCAGGGUAAAGCACAAAGGCCUCAGAUCCUCUUCCUGCAGCAGUUUGACACAGAGUACUCCUUCUUGAAAGGGAUCCGAGAUUUCCUUGAAGCCACAUCAGGAAAUAAAGUCCUUAUUAUUCAGGCAGACUUUGAAGAUGGCUCUCAAAAUGCCCAGCUCGUCGCCUCGGCCAAAUACACCGUUGUUAAUGAAAUCAACAAGGCAAACCUGGGAGAAGCCUCUGUUUUUGUCUACUUUAUUAUGAAGCUUUCACGGGUGGAAGGAGGAACAUCAUACGUGGGCUUCCAUGGAGGUCUGUGGCAGUCGGUGCACAUAGACGACCUCCGCAGAUCCAAGGAUAUGAUCUCUGAUAUGUCUGUGCUGCAGAACCUCACCAUCAGCCAGAUGCUCUGUGACGAUUCAGGUAAAGUCAGAGCUCCACCUGCAAAUGGAGAAGAGGAGGAGGAGGAGAGAGAGGGGGAGGCUGAAGCAUCAGUGCCAGAAGCAGAGCACUGUGAGGGUGAAGUGCUGGACAUCGUUGUACUGCUGAGGAGCUGCGUGCAGAGUGCUGUGGGAAUGCUGCGGGACCAAAAUGAGAACCUUAGCCGGAGCAGAAGGAGAAUUGAGAUUCUCCUCAGCCUCCUGUCCAAAGAGAAUGGCUUGAAAGCCUCCUUCCUGAAGAUGACAAGGGCUCGUCUCUCCAGCCUUUUGAAAAAGCAAGAAGAAAAUUCCUUUCAGCCCAAAAACUGGGUGCUUCGGGCAGCUUCCAACCUCAGUGCCCUGCAGGAGGCCGGCACCUUCAGGCACACCUUGUGGAAGCGAGUCCAAAAAGCCAUCACUCAAUUCCUGGCUCUCCUAAUUGCUGUCAUAGACAGAAAUGGCAAUCUGGAGCUGUUGGCCAGGCCAGCAUCUGAGUGGGUGACAAACCUGUGGAUGUUCAUCUUCAGUGACACAAAACUCCUGACUGUCCCUUCUGGUGUGGGUAAAAACAGCUCUCAAACAGAGAUAAUUCUGGUGCAGAACAGCAUGAUGGUGUCUGCUGAUGCUGGGAAUAAGAUGCCCUUCAGCUGGAGGAUAAAGGAGUAUUUGGAUGAGAUGUGGUUGAAAGCUCAGUACAUCCAAAGCACGGAAGACCAAGCGGAGAACUUUGUGGAUAUAUUCCAGAAAACUGCACUGGGGGAAUUUAUCUCUGCUCUGACUGAGGGAGAAAGGCAGGAGCUCUUCCAGUGCUAUGUCAUUGACUUCAUUGUCCUGACCAUUGGCGUGUCCUCCACAAAGGAGCUGCAGUGCCUGCAGCUUGCUUUCCUCUCCUGUAUCGAGGAAUGGAAGGCAGCUUCUCCCAGAAGACAGGAGGCGAUGCCGUGCCUGCCCUGGGUCCACCUGGGGUACAAUCAGUUCAAGAGCCGCCUGCAGAACUUCUCUAGGAUCCUGGCUGUACACCCCAGCGUGGUCGACCCUCUUCUUAACGUGAAGGAAGAUGGAGUGCCCCAUUCCAAGAUGGUUGCAGACAUCUUAGCUGCAAUUGUGUGUGCCGAAGAGCUGGAGAACCACAUGCAGGCAGCCCCUCCGGAGGUCUGGCUGCAGAAAGUGAAGAAUCUUCAAAUGCCAAUUGAAUUCAUUUGUAAAGACAAGUCCUUACAGAGGAGUGACGUUCGGUGCCAUCAGCUGCUGAAACAACUCCAGACCUGCUGGGACCGUGUUUUCUGCAUGUCUCUGUUUGUAGAACAUGUGCUGCUUGGUACCAGCGCUUUGAUGCCAGAGGUUGAGAAUAUAGUGAAGAAACAUACUUUGCUUCUUGCCAGGUGUUUUGAGGAGAAUUCAGACAUGAAGACUCGUCCAACUUUUGUUGCAGUGAUGAAAGUACUGUGCAAAUGCAAGGAGGACGUCAGCAGCAGGCUCUACAGGUAUGAUUUGAAGCAGUGUUCCAUCUGCCAUGGAGAGCCCAAGGAUCCCGUCCAGCUGUGUUGCAACCAUGCCUUUUGUGAGAAGUGCAUCAGAGCGUGGCUAAUUCCAGCACACAUGCAUUGCCCGUUAUGCAGAGUUGCUGUUGAAGAUGAUAAUUUAACUGUUAACAAGGAGCUCAGUGCUGCCAUAGCAAAAAAUGCCCUGUUCCGGCAGAGGUGCAAUAACUUCUUCAUAGAUGUGGUUACCACCAUGUGUUUUAAGGACAACGAGCCCCCCGACACAGCGGUGAUCCAAGAGCUCCUCAGUCUGCUGUUUGUGUACAGGGGCCUCCUGGGAGACUCAGAUCGCCCUGCUGCUUACACCAAACUCCUGUCCCCCUUUGAUGAGGAGGUGGAUGAAACUCCCGUUAUCCGCUCAGUAAUGCUGAAGCUUCUCUUGAAAUACAGCUUCAGUGAAGUGAAAAAUGACGUGCAGGAUUACCUGUGCCGGGUUGAGCACAGCUGCAUCCUGGACAAGAGAGAUAAAAAAGAGCUCUACUUGCUUUUUGUCAACUGCUUGGAGGAUUCCAUGCGUGACAAGUCUGAAGGCAGCCUUGGAUGUGAGCGUGUGAACUCCCUGCCUGGAGACAGAGGCUUUCCAGAAAACUACCUCCCAAAAAGCAAUCAAGGAGCUCCUCAGGAAUCAUCUGUGGAAUACCUGCAGGCAGUGGCCAAAGUUCGCUUGUACCUGACCAAGGCUGCAGAGCUGCUCUAUGACUUGCAUGAGCUCCCAGAACAAGACCAGGUAGAGGAGAAGAAACGUUACCUGGAAAACGUGAAGGUGUUCUGUGACCUCACCAGGAACGACUGGCACCGUGUUUACCUGGUCCGGAAAAUUGCUCAUCUGUAUGGGAUGGAAUUUGCUCAGAAGCUUGUGAUGGAGGCACGGUUCAACUGGGUGUUCCCAGUGGAAAUUCUGCGGCAGGUACGGCACAGUCAGUCCAACCACAUCGAUCGUUACCUGGUGUGUGGCAAGAACUACAAAGCCCUGCGUGAUGCUGUGGGGAAAGUCAUGAUAGAGUGCAAGCCUCAGGGUCUUCUAGAGGCUGAGAAGGCCUCUGGCAGCACCACGGCUGUUCGAUCUGUCCAUCUGCUCCUGGCUGUUUUCAGAGAGGUCACUGCCCUGUAUGGAUUCAGCGACUCAAGUUUUCAUCCCAAACAGCAGCAAACACGUGCUCUGACUGAGUUCAUCCAAAACUCCAAGGCCCUGAGUCCUCCAGACCUGCAGAACUUUGCAACAUCUCUUGUGAUGAAUGCACUGCCGUCUGUUCUGAGUGUGGAUCCUCAAAGCUUCAGCAGUAACGGAGCACUCAUCGAGAUGGCUGUUCAUACUAUGGCUGUCCUGUUGUGCGGGCAGAACCCCAUCCUACGGCCCCUGAGGAAUCUGGCAUUCUCCCCACACACCAUGGAGCACGCUUUUCUGCCUACAAUGCCAGAAGAUAUGGUGGCUCAAGCAAGAGCCUGGGAAGGAUUGGCCAAUCUGCGCAUGUACAUUUGUCCAAAUGGCCACCCCUGCACUGUAGGAGAGUGUGGCAGACCCAUGGAGAUCGGCCGUUGUAUUGAGUGUGGCUUACAAGUUGGAGGGCUUAAAUACAAGGCAGUGCCUGGCUUUCAAGAAUUCCGGAGUGGUGAAGACAGAACUCAAACUGGCCACAUCCUCGGAGAUGCACAGCAUAGGAGAGGACAGGGAGUGUCUGAUCGAUCCAUGUCCCCCGUUGUCUUCGUUCUGAUCCGCUUGCUCACACAUCUGACGAUGCUGUUGGGAGCCACAAAAGAUCCUCAGUCACUGCGAAACAUCAUCAAGCCACCGGUGCGCAACCCGGUGACCUUCCUGCAGCAGCAUAUCCAGGAGGACUUGGCACAGCUGACAAGAAUUUUGGGGAAGAGUGUGGAUGAGACUAUCAACAUCCUUCAUCUGGUCCUCGGCAGCCUUCUGAAGGACCCCCACCAGCACCCAAGGCAGUGGCCGGUUGAGUUUGAUGGUGUGCUUUCCACCAAGCAGAAGAGAAACAAAUGGGAAGAAAUUGUUGCAAACACAGUCAUUAUUCCUGAAUUAGAGGGCUUGGAUAAAAAACUUGUGAUGUUAAAUAAGCAAAUUCAAGAGGAUGAGAGGAUCUCUUCCAAUCCGAUAGUGAAAGUAGUUUAUGGUGACCCAGUGACCUUCCUGUCCCAACUGCCCAAGGACAGCCACAUCCAUCACUCCAAGAUGUGGAGCAGCCGCAAGAGGAUUUCAGUGGAGAACCUGGGCCAUGUGGUCCAGCAAAUGAACGCCAAGGACACCGUCCCACUCCUGUGGAAGUUCCUGCAGAAGGAACCAGAACUGAGGCUGGUUAAAUAUCUGCCAGAGAUUCUGGCUCUUCAGAGAGACCUGGUGAGGCUGUUCCAGAACAGCUCUGAUGUCAAACGCUGCACGAUCAGGGAGUUCCUCAGUGAGCCCCUCUCAGAUGUGAUGUGGGUUCUGUUAGAGAGGAGAGUUGAUGUGUUUCUGUCAGUCUGGAACAAGCUGAGAUCAUCACUGGAUACCAAUGGGGAAGUUAAACUUCCUAAAGGCUACUGUGAUGCUGACCUGACCCUGGACAGCAAGCUUGAGGUCCUUCUGCCACGUCGACAGGGACUGGGCCUCUGCUCCACAGCCUUAGUCAGUUACCUCAUCGGCCUGCAGAAUGACUUCAUCCAUUUGGUGAACAAACACAUCAAAGAAGAUGCUCGGUACUUGAUCAGUCCAUCAGAAGUGGCUGACCUGCACUUGAUCAGUUACGAGGUUGAGAGGGACUUGAUUCCUCUGAUCUUGUCCAACUGCCAGUACAGCAUGGAGAAGGGAGGGGAGACAUUGCAGCACUUCGAUCUGGAGAGGAUCCAGCAGCAAGUCAUCAGCAAGUUCUUGCAGGGGAAGCCGCUCAUCACCCUCACGGGAAUACCCACCCUUGUCUACAGACACGAUCGGAAUUAUGAAGAGCUAUUUAAUGAUAUCAGGAAUAAGCAGGGUCUGCAUCAGAGUGCGCUUCCCAGCUCUGUGAUGAACGCCAUCAGUGGGGAACUGCAGUCUUACAGUGAUGUCUGUGAUGCUCUGUUUGUCACUGAAAUUGCCUUGGAAUUUCUGGCCAUGGCUGGGGAGAACACCGAAAUGCUUCUGACUGACUACAUUGAAAACGUUCUGCAGAUGGGUGAUCAGACAAACCCUCACGUACUGCAGGCCCUCAGACGAUGCCACCUAAAGCACAUCAUAGCCCUAUGGCAACUCCUCUCUACCCACAAAUCUGAGCAGCUUCUGCGCCUCAGAAGGGAUCCUUUUGAAGACAUCAGUACAGAAUACAAAGCUGAUCUCAGUCCAGAGAUGGCCAAGCUCCUCCACACCUACCUGGUCCACUCCAGGCUGGAAACCUUCCUGCAGGAGCUCCAUAAGAUGAUCAUCCUGAAGCUGAAGCGUGUCAGAUCUGUGGAUGAGUUCAGACCCACCUGGGGCCUGAAGGAAUCCCUCAUUCCUCUCCUUGACGAAAAAGACUUUGAGCUGGCUGAGGAGCUGCAGGACGCGUUCCCAGAUGAGAUUCACCUCUCUCACACCGCUGCCACCUGGAAAGCAGCUGCUGCCUUCAAGAGAGAGCGCAGGGAGAGCUAGGGCUGCCCACACUGCCCUCCCCGUGCACACAGGGGCUGCAGGGCUGUGAUUGUUGGUGGUGUCAGUGAAGUUUGGGAAAUUCAGGGAUUGAUGCUUUUUUUUUUUUGGUGUAUUUGUGGGUUUUGUGGGCUUUUUUUUUUUUUUUUGGAGGGGGUGCAGCCAGUGUGAAGGUGAGAUGCUUUUGUGCAGCAGGAGAGUGGAGGAGGAGGGGUCACCUCUCCUCUCAGGGGUCUCCUCUCCUCCGGAGGAUGGAUUCUUUCAUUUCUUUUUGUAAAGCAUUGCUCCUUCAAGAGGGGAAAACUUUUCCGAGCUCUCUGUUGGGGGGAGCUUUUGUACUCCUGGUUUCUCUUAGCACGUGGUAGGUGCUGGGUGACCUCCGCCAGCGCCACACGGCCCCCUUUUGCCUCUGCCUUCAGAACCGAGAGAAGACAGAACCCAACCGAACCAUUCCCUUCCAUCCAUUCCAUCGCUGCCCCGGGCAGGCCCGGCCGGUUCCUCCCCGCCGCCAGGCGGCGCUCUUCGUUUCUCAAUAAACCGCGGAAGUGCGCUCUA